AUGGCAGCGCUCGUCGACUUCCGGUCCCCGAGGAUCGGCGGCCAGGCGGUGGCCGCAGCACGGGAGGAUGUUCAGUCGGUGAUUGUUGUGUCUGUUCGGGUAUCGCCGUUUGCGUUGACAUUUAGUCACGGGAGCGAGUGUGACAGUUAA